AUGUGGCAGCUCUGCGUUCCUCAAAGCCCUUCCCAGUGCUCUCAUUGGCCCGUGGACUGUGAGAAACUCCAACAAGCCCAAGACCCACACAUUCAUAUGGAGAUUUGGGCGUAUAAAUACAGGGUAGAGGCAGAGGAGAAGGCAGCUCAGAUUCAACUGGCUCUUCAAACCGAGCAGGAACACUCUCACUCUACAGCUAUGGCUCCCACUGUUUUUGGACAAGCAAGCUACUCUAAGGAACACCUGACUCCUGCUCAUAAGCUGAGAAAACCAAUGGUGGAGAAACUGCGCAGAGACCGCAUCAACACCAGCAUCGAGCAGCUGAAAUCCCUGCUGGGUCCAGAGUUCCUCAGGCAACAGCCCGAUUCCAAGCAAGAGAAGGCGGACAUCUUGGAGAUGGCCGUGUCCUAUCUGAGAAGCUGGCAGCAGCAAAAGCAGCAGCAGCAGCAGCAGCAGCAGCAGCAGCAGCAGCAGCAGCAGCAGCAGCAGAUUAGUGUGACCUCUGGCCUGGCGACGGCCAGUGACGGCUACUCCCGCUGCGUGCAGGAGGCCGUCAGCUUCCUGUCCCACUGUGAGGUCCAGACUCAGGCCCACAGGCGGCUGCUCAGCCACUUCCAGGGCUUGCAGGCGUCCAGCAGGACCAGCCACAGUCCCUGCACCCCCUCGCCUCCUGGCUCUCCUCUCCAUCAGGUCAGCUCCAGCAAAGGUGUGAGCCAGGCUGGCUGUGGUCUGUGGAGGCCCUGGUAGGACAGAGGCAGCAUCACCUCCACCCAGAGAGAAAGAGAACUACGUCUGUGAAGGUCACGGACAGAAAGUUGAAGACUCACUGAAGUCUGUUUCCUUCUGCUUUGGCAGGAGAUUGAAUAUUGUUGAGUGUUUUACUAGUGUGGCAAAAUGGGUUGAAUGUCCCAGUAUUCCUUUGGAAGGACUGAAAUGAUUCAGGUUUUACUGAAUAUUUACAUCAUGUGUAUACACAUUAUAAUACUACUCUACAUAAUUUAGAGUGUUCACUGUGAUUGUGUCAAUUGUUCCCGUGGAAAAGCUGAAUUUUGUUUGUUUUGCAAACAGCACUGAAUUAUCUUGUUGUGAAACCCAUGUUGGGUGAAAACUAUUUUAGUGUUUGAGACACUGUUUGACUGAUGUGUUUAAACCACUGUCUAUCUUUGAUGCUGAGUAUCACUGACUGAUCUGUUUCAUUAGUUUGGUGCUAAUGAAUCAGCAACAUCCCAUAAAUGGAUCCCAUGGAUCCACUUUUACUGUAAAUCUAGUUAUGAUUACACUUUAUGAUGACUAUUUGUAACCAUUAUUUGGCCAAUGUGUGAAAGAGUUUUACUGCUGAAAUUGUACCUAUUGACUGUUCAGUUGUGAUGUUCAUAAUAGAUGUUUUUUUUCAUCCUCAAAUGAAUACCUUUUAUAAAGGCAUUUUAUGUUGACAUCAAUCUGUUGGAUUGCUUCCUUUAGAAGUUUGUUUUUGACUAUGAAAAAAAUAAAUGGAAAACUUCACAUGAAGUUUUGCAAACAUAAAUAA